GCUGUUUACAUGCCAAAACCUGGGGAAUCUUUUGGGAUCCGUAAGUGGUGGAUCCGAACUGGUUCGAGGCAGUUCAGACCGGACUCGACGCUUUGUGUACAGUCCAAACUUGUUGGCGACACCGCUGGUGAGAAACAAUGGCGGGCAAGGCAAAAGGUUUGUUAGAGCGGUUUAGGGAUGGGGAGACUGUCAUAUGCGCGGAGGGAUAUCUGUUCGAGUUCGAGCGACGCGGCUACCUGCAGGCCGGCGGGUUCGUACCGGAAGUCGUCAUCGAGCAACCGGAACUGGUGGAGGGUCUGCAUAGGGAGUUCGUGCACGCCGGAAGUGACGUGGUGCUGGCCUUCACGUUCUACGCGCACCGAGAGAAGCUGCGGCUGGUCGGGCGGGAGGCGGACCUGGAGCGGAUGAACCGCACGGCGCUGCGCCUGGCGAGGAAGGUGGCAGACGACACCGGCACGCUCAUGGCGGGAAACAUCUGCGGCACCAACAUCUAUGACGCAACCGACCCGGCCUGGGAACCGAAGGCACGCGCCAUGUUCAAGGAGCAGAUUGAGUGGGCCGUGGAGGGAGGGGCGGACUUCAUCUACGCCGAGACUUUCUUCGCCUACGCCGAGGCCAGCCUCGCUCUGGAGUGCGUCAAGCAGUACGGGAAAGGUCUACCGGCUGUAGUUGGCAUCAGUAAGCACCGCGGAGACCUGCUGUUUGACGGGGUCCCGCUAGGGGACGCGCUGGUGCGGCUAGCGGAGGCCGGAGCCGCCGCCGUCGGGCUGAACUGCGGCCGGGGCCCGCCCACCAUGCUGCCCCUGCUCGAGGACCUGAAGGACAAGAUCAAGGUGCCUCUUGUAGCGGCCCCCGUCCCGUACCGCACACACCCGGACAGCCCACACUUCAUGACGCUCAAGGACCCGGAUGGUAAGGUCGCCUUCCCUCUGGACCUGGACCCGUGGCUGUGCAGCCGGUCUCAGAUCGCCGCCUUCAGCCGCCGGGCGCGCGCCCUCGGGGUGCGGUACCUCGGGCUGUGCUGCGGGAACGCCUCGCACUUCACCCGCGCCAUGGCCGAGGCGCUGGGCCGGCAGCCGCCCGCCUCGCGCUACACAGCCGACAUGACCAAACACGCGUACUACGGCACCGACCCGACUCUCAUCGACUUCAACACACAGGAGGUCUGCAAAAACAAGUUCUGAACAAGUAAAC